AUGAUAUAUGCUUUACUCAGGGAUCUAAGUAGAAGUGCAACCUGUUCAAGUUUUAUUGAUUUUUCGUCAGUUGAUUAUUCAAACUAUAAUGACGCAAGUAAUAUUAACAAAUCUGAUAAUGAUAUUACAUUAAACGUUGAUGACACGGAUAUAUUUCUCUCGAUCUAUUGGAAAAAUGGUAUGUUGGGAGCUGCAUCUUAUAAUAGCCAAAUAUCUGAAAUACAAAUUUUGCACGACGUCAUAGAAAGUAAUUUAGACUUUAAAAUGUUGAAUGCUUUAUUUAUGCAAGUUAGACCUGCAAAUAUUGUAGUAUGUAGUUUACAAGAUGGACAUUUUUUAAAAACUAUUAAGCAAUUAGCACAUAAUGGCAAAAUAAAUAUGUAUUCUAGUCCAACUAAUACUGAUGAUUAUAAAUCGGAUGAGAAAGUGCAUAUAUUACCCAAACAACGUUUCAAUUUUAAAACAUGUGAGCAGUUAAUUUUAUCCAUGUCAUUGGCGUCUGCUCCAAAAAAUGAAAAGUCUCGUCAAAUUUAUAUACGUAGUUUAGUAGAUUUUACUCAAGAGUUAGCUGUAUGUGCAUUAGGUGCAUUACUACAUUUUUUGGAUACUCCAUUGGUAAAAUUAAAUUUACCAACCAACUUCUCAAUAAUGUCAUUAAGGAUUCUUAACAUGGAUAAUCUAGUUUGGCUCGGUAUUAGUACAUAUGAGUCAUUACAAAUAUUUUCUGUACAUGAACACCCAUCUGCAUACAAUUGGACCAAAAAUUCAAUUAAAGAAGGCCCAAGUGUUUUUAGUUUAUUGAAUCGGUGUAACUCAGUUUUAGGUUCAAAGUUUUUAAAAAAUAUUUUAGCCCAACCUACCAAAAACAUUGAUGUUAUAAAUUAUAGACAUGAAUUUAUAGAGUUUUGUAUAAAACCUUGCAAUGCAAGUGUAAUACUCUCAUUGAUUAACUGUAUCAAACAUUGCCGUUGUGUGUUAUCUACUGUAGUAAAAAUUAAUGGUGGUAAUGCUUCAAUGUACCAAUGGAAAUUAUUAUAUCAAACAGUUAUAAAUGCUGUAACAAUUGGAGAAAUUUGUGAAAGAUAUUCAGAACAAAUUAUGUUUUUUACAAAGAUUAAAGAAACAUUAAAAGAUAGUCUUUAUACUAUGGUUAAUUCUAUGUCCUGUAUAAUUGACUUUGAAAAAUCAACUAUACUAGACAGAUUUGUAGUGAAACCUGGAUUCAUACCAGAACUUGAUAAUAAAAAAUUGAAGAUUGAAAACAUGUCUGAACUAUUAGAUGAAAUAACAUUAAAAGAACUACAGGAAUUACCUUCAUACAUUAAUGAGUGUUCAAUACGUAAAAUGCCAGAAAUUGGAUUUUUAUUGUGUCUUCCAUUGUGGAAACCUUCUAAUGUGAUGACUGAAAAUGAUUAUAAAAUUCCAAAUUUGGAAUUUAAGUUUCAUCUGACAGAUAAUGUAUAUUACAAAUCGUCCAGGUGUUAUGAACUUGAUAAAUAUUUUGGUGAAGUUGAAUCAAGUAUUAUUCAAGAAGAAAUUCAAAUUAUGACAAAACUGUCAGAGUUUAUUAUACAGCACUGGAUAAGCGAUCUACAUUUAAUUUUAAAAUUAAUUGCUGAAUUAGAUUGUUUAAUAGGUUUUGCUGAUGUUGCUAAAGAUUUAAAAUUAAUAAAACCAAACAUACUUCCUAAAGAACACUGUAUAAUAAACAUAAUUAAUGGUCGCCAUAUUUUACAAGAAAAAUAUGUGGAUAAAUUUGUACCUAACAGUUAUCAUUCUUCAAAAAUAAAUCAACAUAUUAAUAUUAUUACAGGAUUUAAUUCAAGCGGAAAAAGUAUUUACUUAAAGCAGGUAGCAUUAAUAUCAUAUCUAUGCCAUAUUGGAUGUUAUGUACCAGCCGAGUACACAGAAAUAAGUAUAUUAGAUCAUAUUCAUACUAGAAUUCAAUCAACUGAAUCUGUAAGUUCUUUAAUGUCAGCUUUUAUGGUCGAUCUAAAACAAAUGUCAGUUGCGUUAAAUGAAUCAACAUGUAACUCUCUCGUAAUAUUAGAUGAAUUUGGAAAAGGUACAUCUGAAAUAAAUGGAUUAGCUUUACUACUAGCAAGUAUCAGCCAUUUUGUGCAUAGACCAUUACAUUUAUUGCCUCACAUCAUUGUUUCAACUCAUUUUCAUUCUUUACCAAAUCUUCUUCAACAGAUAAUAAAUAAAGAUAUUUUAAAUGCCAAUAUAAAAUACCUAAGCAUGAGCCACACAAUACAACACUCAAAAAUAGUAUGCUUAUAUAGAGUAGUAGAUAAUAUAAAAAACCAAAAUAUGAGUAUGGCUCACAGUAUAGCAGCACAAAAUGGUUUACCAACAUGUAUCGUUGAAAGAGCUACUAAAGUAUAAAAUAACGUUUAUGAACUGAUAAAUUAUUAUUAAUUAUUGAAAUAUAAAUUAAACUAUUUAUAAGGUUCUUCAAUCAAUUCAACUCGAUGAAUGUGUCAGCCCAAUGAUAGAAAAUCUCAGAUAUAAAUUAUUUUCUAGGUAUUGUUAUAAAAUUAGUUUUAUUCUAAAUAAUUUUUAGUUAAAUAAUAAGUAUUUAAAUACCUAUUUUACCUAUUUUACCUGUUUAUAAAAUAUAUUAUUUAAUAUAUUAUAUAUUAAAAACUUUAUAAAAUGUAUUAAUAUGUAAAAUGGACAGGUUUUUUUCCAAUUUUAUUUUUGUAAUACUAAGUAAUACUAACUAGGGCUAGGAUUUUAAUGACCUAAAAAAUCUAAAAAAAAACUGACCUUAAAUUAACCUAAAAAAUGACCCUAAAAUAACAUAAAAAUUAUCUAAAAAAAUUAAAAUGAGCUUAAAAUAUUAUAAAAAAUGUAUAGUUAAUAUUAAUUACUAUUUUGUACUGAAUUAUUUAAAUUAUAAUAUUAUGAAAUAAUCAAAAAAUUUAAAUAUAUUUAAAUGAAGGAUUUUUAUGAUUUUAAUAGGUAACUGCUGUUGAAUGUUUGAGAUGGUCUGAAAUUAAUAAAAUAAAAAGAUUUCUAUUUAUUCAAGAAAUUGCCUUUAAAUGUGAUUGUUACACAAGUCAAAAAUUAAAACAGUUUUAAAAUCGCCGAGUAAAACAAAAAAAAAAUUAAGAAAAAUGGGAAUUUUUGAUGGUUUUUCAUGAUACAUGCAAUUUUUACUGAACUUUAUAUUAGCAUUCGCUAUACACCAUGAAAUAUUCAAAAUAAUUUGACUUGUUUUGAACUUGUUUUUUUUUAAUUUUUAAAUCUGAGCGAAGCGAUGAAUGUAUUGAUUUUACAAUGAUGUGUGUGUUUUUUUUUAAAUUUUAUUUUUGUGCCUGUCAUCACUUUUUAGGGAAAAACGAGAAUUUUUACGCAAAAUCUGUUUUUGAGAAAAUCGAUUUUGGUUUUUGGUGUAACUCUAAAACAAAUGACCGUAGGGACAUGAAAUUUUGACUGAAUGUUUAUAAUUGCAUUUCCUAUACACCAUAACAUUUUCCAAAUAUUUUGACUUAUUUUGAGCUGUUUACGGACAUUGUCUGUUUUCAAUAUUUUAGUUUUUUUUUUCUAUAAAUAUCAUUAAAAUUGUAUUUGUUGGGUAGAAAAGCGUGAAAAUUUAAUGAAAGGCUCCUGAUAUAUUGUUACAAUAGCAGUUGAAAAUAUUGAAAAUAUAGAGGCACAAUUUUUUUAAAGUUCAAAUUUUGACAAAAUGUAUCCAAAUAUUUUGACUUAUUUUGAGCUCUUUAUGGACAAUGUUUGUAUUAGCAUUUUCUAUACACGAUAACAUUUUGAAAAUAAUUUGAAACUUUUUGAGCUGUUAACGGACAUUGUCUGUUUUACAUUUUUUUAGUUUUUUUUUCUAUAAAUAUCAUUAAAAUUUUAUUUGUUGGGUAGAAAAGCGUGACAAUUUAAUGCAAGGCUCCUGAUAUAUUGUUACAAUAGCAGUUGAAAAAUAUUGAAAAUAUAGGCACAGUUUUUUUUUAUAAGUAUUUAAAGUUCAAAUUUUGACAAAAUUUAUCAAAUUUAAAAUGUAAUAAUUAUUUUGUACCUAGUUAAAAAUUUAUAAAAUGUUCAACUUUUGUAGCUAAGGAUUAAAAAUUUAAAACAAGUUUCCACGUAAAUAGGUUAUAUAUAAAUGACUUUAUUCACAAUAAUAUCAUCAAAUAUACUUGGUAAUAUCAUAGGCUGACUGACCGUUUUCGCUCAGAAUCGUUUUUCUUAUACAAUGAUAUCAUAUCAUUGAAUUCAAAUUUAACACCAUCCAUUACAGUGACCCACUUGUAACAUACUGUACAGCAGAGCGACAUCCACUUACCCACCUUUUUUUUUUGUGUCUGUAAUCUACUUUUUGGGCAGUAAAAAAGCUUCAAUUUUCAACUUCAGUAUCUUGUUCGUUGAAAAGUGAAUCUAGUCAUUGGGGAGAUUAAAAUUCUUAAUAGUUUUCAAAAGCGCCGGAGAAAACGAAAAUUAAAAAUAAAGGAAAAACGGGAAGUUUUACGCAAAAAUGUAUAAAAUGUUUAACUUUUAUAGCGAAGGAUUAAAAAUUAAAACAAGGUUCCACGUGAAUAGGUUGUAUAUAAAUUACUUUAUUCACAAUAACAUCAUCAAACCGUUUUCGCUCAGAAUCGUUUUUCUCAUACAAUGAUAUUAUAUCAUUGAAUUCAAAUUUAACACCAUCUAUUACAGAGACUCACUUGUAACCUUCUGUACAGCAGAGCAACACCCACUUGUCCACCUUUUUUAUAGUCAUUUUGUUGUAAUUUUAUAAUAUUUAUUCAAUUUACCGACUAGGUACCGUAUUAAUAAUGACUAGGGUUCGGAUUUGAAGGCAAAUGCCUUUCUUUUAUUAAUCAUAAUAGAAAAAUAAUUUUUAUACAAAAAUGUGUUUCAUUUAAUUUAUUAGACGAUGGAACCUUUUUUUUUUUGCCUUUUUACUUAUAAAUGCCUUUUUGCCUUUUUUUUACCUUUUGUACUUAUAAAUGCCUAUUUUGUGUUUAAUUUUUCAGUUGAUUUAUAAUUUUUUACACAGCUUGCGUAUAUCGCUACAAAUGGGUUUUAUUAUUCGCAAUAUUUAUCGAUAUCGUCUUAUCGAGUAUUUGGUAUUUACUGAAGACAGCCUAUCAAAGUACAUGGUAGUCAAUUUUUUUUUUAAUACCAACUAGUUUAUUUUGCAUGCAGUUUUAAUUUUUAAUUUGUAUUUUUCUCAAAAUGUGUGCAAUUGAAAGUGUUUAAAAAAUGUUCACUUUUUUUAUUUUGUAGUAUAUUUAUGAAUUGCCUUUUUAUAUAAAUUAAAUGCCUUUAUUUGCCUUUUUUUAUUGAUUAUAUUGCCUUUAAAUCCGAACCCUAAUAAUGACUAAUAAAUAAUAAAAAUAUGAAUAUAAAUUGAAAUGUGAAACACCACACUCACAAACCGUCUCCGCUCAGAAUCGUUUUUGUAGACAAUGAUAGUAUAUCAUUGAAUUCAAAUUUAAUAUCAACCAUUAUACAGUGAUCCAUUCGUAAAAUACUGUGCAGCAGAGCGACAACCACUAACCAACAUUUUUUAGUUUUAGAGUUCGAAUUUUGAUAGAACUUCGAGCGUUUUAAGUUAAAUUUUUACACCAUAGUGGAUAUUCACACGAUUUCUCAUUCAGCGAUUUUGUUAUUUUGUUGUAAUUCAAAAAUGAAUAAAUGUAGAUAAUUUAAUAUUUCACUGAAUGUUUAUAUUUUCAUUUUUUUUACACCAAACAAUUUUGAAAAUAUUUUUAGCUUUUUACGGACAUUGUCAGUUUUCAAUUUUUUUAGUUUUUUUCUAUAUUUAUCGAUAUUUUAUUUGUUAGGUAAAAAUGCGUGAACAUUUAAUACAAGGCUCCUGAUAUAUUGUUACAGUAGCAGUUGCAAAAUAUUAAAAAAUGCAUAAGCACAAUUUUUUUUUAUAAACAUUUGAAGUUCGAAUUUUGACAAAAUUUAUCAAAUUUAAAAUUAAAAAAUGAUUUUGUAGUUAAAUUUAUAAAAUGUUCAACUUUUAUAUCUAAGGAUUGAAAAUUUUAAACAUGGUUCCCCGUAAAUAUGUUAUAUAUAAAUUACUUUAUUCAUAAUAAUAUCAUUAAAUAUAGGUACUUAGUAAUAUCAAUAUAUCAUAGGCUACACCCCACUUGUUGAUAUUUUAUAUUUUAACAUUUCAAAUCCAGUAUUUUUCUCCAACAACAUUUUUAAUUUGUUUUAUAGAUAUAGGUUUAUUAGUUUCACUUUUUGACUGUUGAAUUUUCUGUUGUAAAACUACCACUAUUUUUUUUAAACGCUUGAAUCUCAGGCAGUGACCUAAAAUUAAGUUUAUGUAAAUUUAAUUACAUUUUUGAUUUUAGCUGUGGCAGUUGUUUCUUCUCUAUUCAAACAUUAUUUUAUUAAAACAUUUUUGAUUAAACUCAAGUAUUCUCAAUAAUAUAGAGACGCGUUUAUCCAUGUUCCCCACAUAGUAACCACAGAGUUAGGCGGUAAGGCCGUAAGGGUAUGUCGGGUUUUAUGUGGAUUAUCAAUUUCCAAUGUCCCAAUUAUUGCAUUAGAAACAUAUCGACCAGCUGCAUCUGAAAUUUCAUCUAUUGAAUUCCAAUUUUUUUUUUUCCGAAACAUUUGUUCUUAUUUUAUUCAUAGUUUCAUCGUAACAUUUAUUAACGUAAUUUUUUCUUAAUGUAGACGAGUCCGGAAUCGUUUUUUUUGUAUAAUUUUCAAAAAAAAUUCCUAAAAUCGGAUGAAUUAAUUUAUUUAAUGGUAUAUUUGAAUUUAGAAAUGCUCUGCACAAAUCAAGAUUAAAAUUAGAAUUUCCAAACGCAGAAUACAUUGGCUGCGUCAAAAAAGUUCAUGUAAUCACAAGUAUCAUCUAAUUUAAUGAUUAAAAUAACUCACAGCAUCAAAGAUUAUUGUUAUUAUAUAUAUUACCUAUAUAAUUAGUUUUAUUAUAGAUAGCAUCGAUAGAAUUUAUAUAAAAAUGACGAUAUUGAAUUACAAUAUUAUUUCUGUUAUGAAUUUAAAUGAAAAUAAAUAUAAAUAUUACAUAGAUUUCAAUAAAGUAAAUAAAAUGACCCAAAAUUCUAAAAAGGAAAAAAAGUGCAAAAAAUGCAAAAUAAAAAACCAUUUAUUUGAACUCAUAGAUGAACAAAACACAUGCUUGGAAAAGCAAUAUCCUGUAUGUCAUACAAAUAAAUGCAAAAUCCUAUACUAUUCUAUCCCUAGUCAUAACUUAUGAGUUAUGAGUGUUAUGACCAAUAAUUGUAAGCAGUGUCACUGGUUUAACAUUUUACCAGGAUCCAUUACCAUCAUACAUACAAGAGUAAACAUUAUUAGGUUAAAUUUAGGAUGAUAAGGGUUUCACUAAAGCACAUUUAUGAUAAAUGUCUACAAACAGAAUUUCUAGAUAAUAUGUGAAUGAGGUGGAGACUUAAUUUAGUUUUGAGACAAUUUAUUACUGACUUAAUCCAAUAUAAAUUUAAAUUAGCAACUUUUUCUGUUUAAUUAGGAGGAAACAUUUUAUUGAAAAAGUACUCGAUCUAAUGCAAGACAAUAUUACAGAAGGUAUUUUUAAAGACUUAGUAGAUGACAUGGAAAAUAUAAGGUAUCCGUAAAAAUAAUAAAAUUAAGCUUAAUCAUUUUGUUAUAUUUUCUUCAUUCAAACUUUAACAACGUAAAUUAUAUCAUUAUAAAAUGUAAAAACAAUUGGAAUAUUAACAUAUGCAUUAUAAUUCAAGCUUAUAUCUAUUCUAAUUUUUAGUAACUAUAUAUUAUAUUUAUUACAUAGAACAUUGGACGGGAAUGUUAAUAGUAUAAGAUUUUUUUACUAGUUUAAUAUAUCUUAA